AUGUUGCGCACGCUUGCAUGUCGCACGGCUACCACAGCCAGUGUAUCAGGCAGUAGAAGAACUGCUGUGUUGAUCACUAAUCGUCUCAUUAGCACAACCGAGCGCGAUACAAAGGACGAUAACGAGUCUAGCAACUUCAGAUUUGCCGGAGGUCGCACAAAGCAU